UCUGUUUUGGCCUUCUGUCUGUGCCUGGUUCUGUUAUUGCCCACUGUCAGUACCUGGUUUUGUUUUUGCCUUCUGUCUGUGACUGGUUCCGUUAUUGUCCGCUGUCUGUGACUGGUUCCGUUAUUGCCUGCUGUUUGUGCCUGGUUCUGUUAUUGCCCACUUUCUGUGCCUGGUUCUGUUAUUGCCCACUUUCUGUGCCUGGUUCUGUUAUUGCCCGCUGUCAAUACCUGGUUCUGUUUUUGCCCGCUGUCUGUGCCUGGUUCUGUUAUUGCCCGCUGUCUGUGCCUGGUUCUGUUAUUGCCCGCUGUCUGUGCCUGGUUCUGCUUUUGCCUGCUGUCUGUGACUGGUUCCGUUAUUGCCUGCUGUCUGUAUCUGGUUCUGUUAUUGCCCGCUGUCUUUGUCUGGUUCUUUUAUUGCCCGCUGUCAGUACCUGGUUCUUCAGCUUGUGCUAGGUUCUUUUUUUGACACUGUCUUUGUCUUGUUCUUUUCUUGCCCACUGACUGCCCCAGCUAACCUUUGUGCUUCUUAUUAUCCAGCAUGUCUCGUGCUAGCAGCCGGCCCUUGUUGCGUAUUGUUAGGCUUGGGCUAAUUCCUUAUGCAGAGGCCCUGCAGGAGCAACAACGCUAUGUCCAGGCACUGAAAAAUCCACAGACUUCCACUGACUCAGAACCCAAAGACACCCUACUCCUGUGUGAGCACCCAGCUGUGUACACUGUGGGGAUCCGACAAGGGCCAUAUCCUGCCCAGGAGGAGAAUAGGCUUCAGGCUCUUGGGGCUGACUUUCAACGUACAGACCGCGGGGGGCUCAUAACAUUCCAUGGACCAGGGCAGUUGGUGUGCUACCCAAUAUUAGAUCUGCGCCAUAUCCGCAGGUCACUGCGCUUGUACGUUUGUGGACUGGAGGAAACAGCGAUACGCCUAUGCCAAAGACUUGGAAUACAGGCAAAGAGGACCUCAGAGACGGGAGUCUGGGUCCGGGAUAGAAAGAUUUGCGCCAUCGGUGUUCAUUGUGCAAGACACAUUACGUCACAUGGCCUGGCGAUGAACUGUAACACGGAUCUGACGUGGUUUGACCACAUCGUCCCUUGCGGAAUUAAAGGCAAAGGAGUCACUUCCCUGACACAGGAGCUUUCAAGAAACAUCACAGUUGAGGAGACUAUACCUUCUUUUGUAGAGGCCUUUCAGGAAGAAUUUAAAUGUAAUAUGCUCCUAGAAGAUGCGCUACAAACUACAAAUACUGUCCUGGCUUCCUGAUAUUUAUUUAAAUAAAAACAUUAACUUUU